UCUUCGGCGUCUGUAGUAACGAAGGACGGUUACUUUUAAUUGAAGAUAAUCACCAAAAUUCUAGUUUUGCUAAUUCUAAAUCCGGGAUAUUGAAAAUCUCGCGAAAAAAGUUGUUUUUGUGAAGAGUUUGAAGGGAAUUUUAAGGAGUUCCCUCGAGUUAAGGCGAAGUUUCGAAGAUCACCACUGCAACGUUGGAUUUAAGACUCGAUCGAGAUAAUUGUGACGGAAAAUCGAACGCUGUGCAUCAAUCAAUGGAACGAUUUGGAGGGUCACUGCCUGUAAAAGGAUACAGCGGUGAAUUGGCUGGGAAAAAACGAGUGCAACUUCCAGCAGAUCAUGGAAAAGGUUACACCUCUUACGACUCCAGUAAUUUGUUUCACAGCACCCCCAAAAUAAAGCCCAUAUCUUCAUCAUAUUCAACAACAUUACCAAGUGGUUACAAGACCAGAACAACCAAUACAAGCUUUCAGACAGGUGUAAGCCCAUCUCGGUCACAGCGCAGUAAAUCUCCAACGCGUAGCACAAGUCCUGGCCGUCGACCAGUGAGUCCAAAUUUGCAUACAGCAACAAGUCCAAGACUACACAACAGAUCUCUGUCUCCUAAUAGUAAACAGCUCUCUGACGUAGAUAGUGACACAAUACAAAGGCAGAGACGAGAACUUCAGCUGCUUAUUGGGGAACUCAAAGAUAGAGACAGAGAAUUGAAUGAUAUGGUACAAGCUCAUCAAAAACAGAUAGUGGCUUGGGAGGAGGACAGACAAAGGGUGUUUGCUCUUGAGAAGCGAUCUUCCAGGCUUGAAAGUGAACUCAAAAGUAGAAAUGAACAAAUGAAGGCAUUACAAGCAAGGCUUAAAGCUUCUGAAACAGAGGAAAAGAACAAAGGCAAAGAACUUGAAGAUACUCAGCUUCAACUUCAACAAGUUUCAGAACAUGCAAAUACUUCUCUUCAUCAAGUUCAGGAACUUGAAGAAAAGAACAGUGCUUUAACUUCAUCAAUGAGAGAGCUAUCAAAUACAAUAGGACAGCUUCAAGCCAGAGAACAGGAGCUUUUAACAAAACUAAAACUUAAGGACAAUGACAUAAUGGAGGCAAAUGUGAGCUUAGGAGAACUGCAACAAAAGAUAAAACGUCUUGAAGGAUUAUGUCAGGAACUAAGGAAAAAUGAAAGUUCAAUCAGGACAGAGAGAGACCAGUGGAGAGAUCAAGCCACAGCUAACAAACAUGAAGUAGAAAAACUGAGAGUUGAUAUCAGUAAACAGUUUAGUGAUGCAGACGAAGUUCAAGCUGAGCUUGCGAAGACCAAGCAAGAAAUUUUAGUUUUGCAGAAGGAACUUUUCUUAGCAGGAGAAAGAGAGAAGAGGAAAGAUCAACUGCUUGAUUUACAAAAGUCAAAGCAAGAGAGAACGGACUCAGAGUUGCAAAACCUUCGACAAAUCUGUGAGAGACAACAACGCGACAUUUCUUACAUGCAGCUGCAGUUACAAAGUUCUCACGAUAUGCUGUCCAAACAUGUCACGGAACCUGAUAAAAUGUCAGAGUUGGAAUCUAAUCCCCCGGAUGAAGAUAAAAAGCCUCUAAACAGCUUUUACGAUGCCACGAGUUUUAACCUCAAUGGAGACUAUUUUGACAAUCAGGAUCAAGCGUCCACGAGGUCAAUGGACUUUGAUGGCCCAGUCUCUUCCAAAGGCACUGAUGAUGACCUCGCAGCUUAUAUUCCAGGCGGUGGUGGAGUGUCCUCCCUUUCCAUGCACGCGACAGCCGGAAGUGACUUGGCUGACGACUAUGACAGCCUUUCGCAAGAUCCACUUCAACCUCCGAUCACUUCAGAAAGAGGCUUCACAAGUUCAAAUGUUGACACGUUUCUUCCUCCCAGAAACCCCUCUUACUUCAGCACACCCAACACAAGAACCGACAUUUAUCCGCCAUUAGGUAACCUUUCUCUCACGGGCGUUCGACUAGAGGACCACAGUAGCCUGUUAUCCUUCUCGCCUGGGAGACCAGUGGAAAUUAAUUCCGUAACAACUACGAGACCUGGGGACACUUAUUCCUCUUUCUCAGCUGGUGUAUCUGUACCGAAGACGUCCCCUCCUAAGGCGGAGGGGGACGCUUCACCGACCAGUAAACUACAUCGUCUGCUCGCGGAGUCUCGACAAAUGGUUCAAAACCUCGAACAAUCCUCCACAUUCUCCCUGACCGGAAGUCCUAAUCAGGACUCCACGGUUCCCACGAGUGAGCAGUACACACCGCCGCAAAGACAUCUGGGAAGUCCACUACAUUCGCGUCCAAUACCCACCUCUACUGAAUGAAACUAACAUGUCCACAAUUUUCCGCUGAUCCUAACGACGCACGCCCGCAGUGCUUCUGUGCUUAAAACUUGAUUCGUCUCACAUUCGGAUCGUCUUCGGAAAUCCGAAUACUUCCGUAAAGCCAGGUGUGACUGCUCGAAUCAAAAUGGUUUCCAACAUUAAUCCACGUAAAGUUAAAUUUUGUUUCGAUAUAAAUAGUAUAGCUUGAGUUACAAUUGUGUUUUAACUGUACAUAACGAAUACUGACUAUUAACUUGACCUUUUUUCAUUAUUUUUUGUUAUGAAAGGAAAGAGAAAAAAUCCAUUUCGUACAAAUCCAGUCUAAUGUACUCUCUUUUGUUGACCAAAAAUACAAUGCAAAUAUCUUUGAAUUAUUUUUUUUAUGAUAUUUUAAAAUUGAUUGAGUUAUAUUGAGAAACGGAUGUUUGGUCCUACAGGCCAGGUGUUAAAGGCUACACAUUACUACUUGUUUAUAUACAGUUAUAUUGCUCAUGUUGGAUACUGGUGUUAUAAGUUUGGUAUUAUUGUGCAAAAAGAAAAGUUCACCUGACGCAACAUGUCGCAACUUUUUGGAACAGAAGUAGUUAUACUCGCAGCAAACGUUCUUUAGCCUUUAAAGUCAUACAACCAUUUUUUCUUUCGUGAUGAGAAACGCGCCUCUAACAAGACGCACGCGUGGCGUAGCCAGAUGGAAAAUUAGCGGAUGAUAUUAGAGCCUCUCUCUUAACCGAUCGCGCGUGUCAGCAGGCAGUCCACGCGUUAUCGCGUGGGUCAUCGCGUUGGAUUUCAACCAGGCAAUCACGUUGGAGGGAAAUAUAUUAGGAACAUUUACUCCAACAUUUUAGCCUAAAUGUCAACCACUACUCGAGAGGUACAACAGAAUUCUUAUGUUUUGAUACACGUACUCAUUUCAUCUAUUAUACUAACCAGUCGUAAACUUUACAUGAUCAUGUUUAAUUAUCUUGUUUGGUUCGUAAAGAGAGAAUGAUUUUAGAUAGACUCUUAUUUAAUAAUUAUUAUUUAAAUGAUGUGAAUCUAGAAUCUUGUGUAUGAACUGUUGAUUUAUUUCAUUCAGAAUUUGAUCGGGUGGGGCAGGGUGUGAUAACAAGAAAGAGAGAAAGUAAAGUGUGCG